AUCUGAAUGUCUGCAAUCUUGUGGAGGGAAGCUCGUAAAUUUCAUACCCCUGUAUCAAUGUAGAGCUAUCGCAUUCAUUGAAUACAGAUGGAUCCUGACAGCGAACAUCAUCUCACUGGAAAGAGAUCAAAACUGGACUUUGAUAUUGAAAUACAUGACAUAGGCACGUGUACCAGGACAUGUGUAGAUAAACCAUUUCCUAACCAGAGUGAAAGAGACAGCAAAUCCACAGCUUGCCACAGAACAGAGGCAACAUCUGAAAUUAUUCAUGACGAUUUCAUAAGGAGAAAUAAUGAAUCCCAGUGGGGCUUGGCAAACAGUGGCAAAAUUGUUGAAGCUGAACUCAAAGAGGAUCUUCCUACACGCUACAUUGACUUUCAGCCUCAGGGAGAGGUGUUCACAGAAGACUCAGCCACAGCAUUAAAAACCGGAAAUACAUUCUGGGGUACUGAGUCUCCACAUCCCAACACUCCAUCCCCAGAUUACAUGACAGCAUUCAAUGACGUCUUGGUGACCUUCAUGAAGGAACAAAACAUCCCUGGUCUUAGCCUGGCUCUAGGGAAAGAUGGGGAGGUGGUAUAUACGCAGGGUUAUGGGCAAGGAGGAAGAUCAAAGAACGUUGUCCCCUCCUCCAUUUUCCGUAUCGCCAGCAUCAGCAAGACGUUGACUGCUGUGGCUGCUCUCACUCUGGUGGAGGAAGGAAAACUGAACCUGAAUGGCAAAGUAUUUGGACCCAAAGGCAUUCUCUCCAGAUUCAGUCCAGCAGUGAGAAGUGACAGGAGACUACUUCAGAUCACAGUGAGGCACCUGUUGCAGCACUCCGCUGGCUGGGACUUUGACGUUAUAGGAGAUCCCAUGUACUACAGACACGUAGGGGCCAUUUUAAAUGAGCCAGAACCUGUGUCACCUGAAACUCUCAUCAAGUAUAUGAUGACACAGAAAUUGCAGUUCACUCCAGGGACAAAACAUUCCUACUGCAAUUUUGGUUAUCUUGUCUUGGGCCAGGUGAUAGAAGUGGCAUCUGGUGUCAGAUAUGAAGACUAUCUGAGACAAGUGUUGCCGAAAGCUGGCAUCACCAGUGUCCGAGUGGGAAAAACCAGAAAAGAAGAUGCCUUUGAAGAUGAGGUGGAGUACUAUGCCUUCCCUCCUAAUGACACUGUGGAUUCAGUCUUCCCAGGAGAGGGGAGGGUCUCAGCACCCUACGGCGCCUUCUGUCUCGAGGAUGACGCCCCAGUGGGAGGACUGGUCUCCACUGCCGAGGAGUUGAUCAAAUUCUUCUACGCUAUUGACGGCAUGGGAUCAGUGCAACUGAUAAGUCAGGAAUCGUUCAGUUUGAUGCUUGAGAGGCCGAAAUUUGUAAAAGGGAAGGAGAGUUGGUACGGCAUGGGACUGGAAGUGAUGGAUUCUGGGAAAACCUGGGAGCACACGGGCGGAAUGGACGGCACCACGUCCACGUUGACACAUGACUGCAGUGGGUUUACCUGGGCCUGCCUGUGUAACUGCUGGGUAAAUGACACAGACCUGAGCAGUGUUAUAAGGUACGCACUCAGCAAGGUGGGCAGCUGGUCCCCAUACAACACAGUUAUACCUGGGUUUAGAUUUGCUGAUGUUAUAUCUAAAGAUAAAUUAAACAUGGUGAAGAUUCUUGUCAAGGAAAAUGAGUUAUCGGAUAUGUUACAGAGUGUUAAGGAACUUGCUUGUUACCAGGCAACGUGGAUAGACGGAUAUAUGUUUGAGAACGGUCUCUACUUCAAUGUCUCUUGGACUAGACAGAGGCAGGUGACUCAGGUCUUAUAUAACCAGACAGAGGUAGAAAUAUUAUCUCUUCUCGAGGAUAUAUCAAAUUCAAAUCUGAUACCAAUACAUUUAGAUUCUUAUAUUAAAAAAGACUGUGUUUGUUUUGCCCUUAUUUCUAAAGAGACAGAUCCUAAAGAAAAUUUGAUCCAGGAAUGGAAAAUUCACUUAAAUCUGGAGACAUCAUCACAUGCCAAAAUCCAAGAAGAAUAUAAAAAACACAAUAUUUAUCUUCAGGUUUGUUGUGUUUUAAAUUUCAACAACGUGACCAGCAUAACAACUCUGUAUUUAAGAAAAAUUAACAAAACGUGUGAUGUAUGGUCAAAAUAUGACUUGACUAAAGACCAAUAUGAAAAAGAAUUCAACAGACAUGCAAGAUAUGGGCAUUUACUGGCAUACGUCAAAGCUUAUCAAGAUGGUGAUAGGAAUAAAUUUAGCGCAAUUUGGACUAAUCCGGGACCUUAUAUCUAUUCUUCCUCACACCAUCUUUCUAAAUAUGGUCUGUAUGUGGAUCUGUGGUCGUAUGCAGAGAAGAAUUUCCAGGUGUCAUGUCUAAGUGGCUACGUGUCUGAAGAUGACUACCUAAGUUAUGUGGUGGCCUGGAAGAAGCCAUGUAAACCUGGAGCUGUGGCCUCAAACCAACUGUAG